ACUAUAUAUGAACCAUGCUUCCAUGCCUUAUGGGUUGUCAAUAAAUAAACUAAACCUCAAGAACUGGAUCUCCCAUGAUCUAAUCCCAAAAUUUACUUAAAAUGUCUAUUUUUUACCAUCUCCAAGUUCAUUAUAUAAAUCCAAAUUAACCCUCACAAUUUUCAAAACAAGAUCAUAUCAAAAAUAAUCUUGAGAAAGUGAGUGAGAAUUUAGAAAGAUGAUAAAACAAGGAAGAAGAUCAAGAGAUGGAGCUCAACCAGCAGACCUCUUAGUUUGUUUCCCAUCUCAUAGAACAAAUCAUUUAAACCUCAUUCCUAGUAAACCCAUUUGUAGUCCUGGUCACCCCACAGAUAUCACAAAGGUGCCGCACCGCCGCAGCCACCAUCACCACCUUAGAGGUGGUCAUUCUAUGUCCAGUCCUCAUCUAUGGGCGAAAACCAAACCGUCAAUGAGAUCACAAAUCAAGGAACCAACUUCGCCGAAGGUCAGUUGUGCUGGUAAUAUAAAAGUUAUCAGACAGCCAAAGAGUAUUACAAAUACUACCACCACCACCCCUCGUGCAACUACUACCACUAUGAUGGCGAUGAACGGGAAAUAUCGGAGUAGUUCAAGCAAGAAUUGGCAUUCAGUCAUGGAAGAGAUCGAAAUGACACGAAAGAAAAGUACAGCACUCGAGAAGACGUCCAUAAGAGCAACUACUAAUACCCGUUCUACAUCGUGGAUGGGAAGUACAUUGGGCAAAAAGAAAGAUGUGAUGAAGUUCUUGAAAAAUUUACGAAACUUUCGAUUGAAUUUCGGGUGUUUGGGUUCUUUCGAAGAUGUAUCUCAUCAAGAUAACAGAAGUAGUAGUAGCACUACAACUACUUCUGCUGAGGAAGACGAAGUAGUCAUUCAGGAGGACAAUAAGAGAUAUGAAUUUUGUCGGAGUAGACAUAGUACUGGUAGUAUACGAAAUGGAGAAAAUUCAUACAGGACUAAUGUCAUGUCAAAAGUGUAUACGGCACUACAAGAAAAAAACAAUGUUGCUCAUGCUAUGAAUACUAAUAAUGCAGUGAUUGACAUUGAAAAAAUAGUCGAAGAUCAUGAAGACGGAGAUAUGAGAUAUGGGUUUGGUGACGGGGAAGAUGCGGAAGAGUUAUGUGCACCUGCUGUUCCUCCUCCGAAUGCUCUGUUGCUCAUGAGAUGUAAGACAUUACCGGCCAAAAGUUGGUUAGAAGAAAGAGAUCAGAGUCAGCAAGAAGAAGAGAUGAUGAAAAAACAAGGGUUGAUUAUGAAAUGGGAAAAUCAAAAUACUACUAAUACUGAUUCUUGUAAAAUUUCUUCUUCUAAUAUUGUUAAGAAGAAGACCUGGGUUAUUGAUGGCAUCAAAGAUCAAUUUUCUAGGAGUAGAAGUUGGAAGAUUUGAUCCUUAUUCCAAAUCUAGUGCUAAACCAUAAUGUAAUUUUAUUUUUUUUUAUUUCUAAAUGUUUUAUUUUAAUUGGAUAGUUCAAACAUGCGUGGAAUUUUAUCCCUCGGGGCUAAAUGCUUGUACAACUAUUAUUAUAUUUUUUAUUGAUUUUGGACGUCUAA